GACACCGCCACCGCCGAGUCUCAACUCAAGCAAACCCUAAGCCAUAAAGUUUCAAGAGAGAAACUGAAUCUGAUAUCCAUUGUGCAUCCAAGCCGCCGUCGUUGAGAUCAUCACCACCACAGCCACGUUGGAGAUCACUGAAAUUUGUGAGCCUUCUUACGAAGCACUCGAAUCCCGAACGUUCUGUAGAUGUUAAAGGAUUUCUUCGAUGGCAAGGAACCCAACAAAGGAACUAACCCUGAUGAGGUUUUGGCCUAUACAACCGCCGUCCAAGGUGGAGUAUUAAGUGGUGAAAGUGGAGAAGAAACGCAAAAAAACCUAAAUUUAUUGAAAACAGAUAUUUUGCUACUUGAUGUUGCGCCUUUGCACCUCGGUAUUGACACUGUCGGAGGCGUGAUGACAAACAUUAUUCCUCGGAUCCCAACGAAGAAGUCUCAGGUGUUCACUACUUACCAAGAUCAGCAAACUACUGUGACUAUCAACGUCUAUGAAGAGAUAAGCAUGACGAAAGAUAACCCCGAGCUCGGAAAUUUCCAGCUCACCGGCCUUCUUCCUGCACCUAGACGCAAGGAACAGUUUUUCAUGGGGGUGCCACAGAUGGAGGUGACUUUCGAAGUGGACGCAAAUGGGAUUCUGCAAGUGAACACCGAAGACAAAGUUCCAAAGAUGUCACAGUCAAUUACAAUAACGAACGAUAAAGGUCGUUUGACAGGAGAAGAGAUUGAUGAAUUGAUUAUAUUAAUUAGCUACGUAUGAACUAGACACCGUUAUACACAUACGAGGACUUAUUUGGAGAAGACAUCUUCGCUAAUACGUGUACGAAUAUGAACUUUGGCUGGUAUUCGAGUAAGACGUGUUGUGCAUUUUUUUACUUUUGUUUUGUUCUGAGUUGUGCGAUAUUUUAAUAAAUAGUUUAUUGUCCA